CACUCUGCUCAGUCUCUGGAUGGAGCUCUUCCCAGCAGUCAAAACCCAAAGACAAAAAUCUCAGGAAAGGGAGGAAGGAAAGCAUGGACCCUUAGGAGAUAAUGAAGAGAUGGCCAGAGUAUCAACUGACAAAAAACAGUUUUCCAGAGAGAUUCUGAUUCAUUGGGUGUGGAGUGGAGACAUGUAUAUUUUGAAAAAGUUACCUUGAUGAUUCUGAUGUACAUUCCUGGAGAUUUCCUGAUUAUUUCUGAGAGAUUACAUAGACGACUUGCCAAGAUGUUAGUGAAGUGAAGCAAAAUCAGGAUCCAGAACAGUGAUUCACUGCAAAGAUUCAGUCUUCUGGGAGUUGGAGUGAAGAGAACUGGUCUUGUGGUGGUGAAAAACAUGAAAAUUGUUGGUCUCCACUGUUCAAGUGAAGAUUUACAUGCUGGGAAGAUCGCUCUGAUAAAACAUGGGUCGAGACUGAAAAACUGUGACCUUUAUUUUUCCAGAAAACCAUGUUCUGCUUGUUUGAAAAUGAUUGUAAAUGCUGGAGUUAACCGAAUUUCAUAUUGGCCUGCGGAUCCAGAAAUAAGUUUGCUUACUGAGGCUUCUAGUUCUGAAGAUGCAAAGUUAGAUGCCAAAGCAGUGGAAAGAUUGAAGUCAAACAGUCGGGCCCAUGUGUGUGUCUUACUUCAGCCUUUGGUGUGUUAUAUGGUGCAGUUUGUAGAGGAGACUUCUUACAAGUGUGACUUUAUUCAAAAAAUUUCAAAAACAUUGCCGGACACUAACAUUGACUUUUAUUCUGAAUGUAAACAAGAAAGAAUAAAAGAAUAUGAAACGAUAUUUUUGGUUUCCAAUGAAGAAAUGCAUAAGCAAAUACUGAUGACUAUAGGUUUGGAGAACCUGUGUGAAAAUCCAUACUUUAGCAAUCUAAGGCAAAACAUGAAAGACCUUAUCCUACUUUUGGCCACAGUGGCUUCCAGUGUGCCCAACUUUAAACACUACGGAUUUUAUUGUAGCAAUACUGAACAGAUUAAUGAAAUUCACAAUCAGAGUUUGCCACAAGAAAUUGCAAGGCACUGCAUGAUUCAGGCCAGGUUAUUGGCAUAUCGAACUGAGGAUCAUAAAACAGGAGUUGGAGCAGUCAUCUGGGCAGAAGGAAAAUCUAGAAGUUGUGAUGGAACAGGCGCAAUGUACUUCAUAGGAUGCGGUUAUAAUGCUUUUCCUGUUGGAUCCGAGUAUGCUGACUUCCCGCACAUGGAUGACAAACAGAAAGACAGAGAAAUAAGGAAAUUCAGAUACAUUGUACACGCGGAGCAGAAUGCCUUGACAUUUAGGUGUCAAGAAAUAAAACCAGAAGAAAGAAGUAUGAUUUUUGUGACCAAGUGCCCAUGUGAUGAAUGUGUACCUUUAAUUAAAGGUGCAGGAAUAAAACAAAUCUAUGCAGGGGAUGUAGAUGUUGGAAAGAAGAAGGCAGAUAUCUCUUACAUGAGAUUUGGGGAACUUGAAGGUGUUAACAAGUUUACAUGGCAACUGAAUCCAUCAAGAACUUGUGUUCUUGAGCAAAAUGAGCUUGAAAGCAGAGAGAAUGGUGUGUCGGGACCCCUGCCCCAGGAUGAACAGCAGCACCAAAACAAGAAGCUGCGUCUUGCAAACCACUAAAAAGUCCUGUCUAACCUGGAGCGAAGGCCUCAAGAAUUUUUAUUGCACUUAUAAAAUCCAGCCUUGUUAACUCAGAAAAUAAGAAUGGAUUUUGUGAAUAAUUGAAAAAAAUGUUUUAAAGGAAGCUAAUUUAUUACUAGCAUAUGAAUGAUAUUAAUGAGAAUGUUUUUAUUUUAGAUUUAUUUGUGUGUUUUCCAGAGUAUAGUGGUGUGUUCUUUUAUUACACUGAGCGAGGUAUCAAUAAUUUAAUGAGACCAGUUCACUUGGCCAUAGGGAUUGACUUCUCCUUGUCUUAGCUUUACAUUAGCCAGUUUGAAAGGGGCUGGUUUACUGGAGGUCAUAUCUCUGCAGAAGAUUACAUACCUUUUCAGAAACCUUAAUUCCUUUGGAUUAUGAAGGCAGUAAUCAGUAAACUACUCCGGAGAAAUAAAUGGCAGCCUGGCCAUUUUGAAGUCAGUGUGUGGCUCACCAAAAGUUCCCAUUUAUACCCAAAACUUUCUAAUAAUCAGAAUUUACUUAAUUAGGAUUGAGUCAUAAAAAUGAAGUUGGUGGACCUGGUCUCCAUUACAAAAGUAUGUUCCUGUAACAAGGUUAUUCAUUUUUCUUCAGUCUCGAUAUGUAGAAAUCACGAUCGUUUGUUGAGCUAGGGUGUUAUAUCACUGAUUUGGGGGAGCAAUAGAAAAUACUCUGAGACAGUAUUACUAUUUGACAUCACUGACUCUUGAAACCAUGAACAAUGAACCUCAAAUUUGGUUAUGAUGUUAACAGAGAAGAAAUAUUUUAGUCUGGAAAAUUGAAACGAGCCAUUUUCGAGUUCCAUUCAUAAACACUGCCCAUUAUUCCCUCCAUAUAAUUAGCACAGAGUGUCCCAUGGCUUUGAACUGAAGGCCUCAUAGAAACAUUUGCAAAUCUUAAGAAUACUGAAAAUUUUGAAAGUAAACAUUAUGGUCAGUUCAGUUAUUUUCCAAAUUGCUCUUCAUGAGUCCUCUCAUUUCUGUUUGCUGAGAAACUUUCAGGAAAUUAGCCCAAAGAUGAAGGUACAUGUUUUGUACUUUCCUAGAGUUAGAGAGGGAGCUGCAUGGCCUGUGGCCAGCAGGCCCGGGGUGUGAUGUGCUGAGGAAUGACUGCCCUGGUUAUGUGCAGGGCAUCUGGUUCACCUCUGCUGUUGCCCCCUUUCUUUCCAAGGAAUCACAUAUCCUCACAAAGCCUCCUACCAGUUUCUCAGGAUUGUACACGGGACAGUCCACAUGCUGACCAAUGCCCAUGCUUGGAGAGCAGCCUGCUUAGGUCCUCCGGGAGUUUAGUUAUCAUACCCGGCAGUUGAGAACUGCUAUAAACGUUUCACCACAGAUGUGGGGCAUGGAAUAGAGAGGGAGGGGAGGAAAGAUGCCUUUAGAGAGAACGAAGGCUAAUUUGAAAACCAGUGGUUAAGCUCUUCUUUAACAUUGAUUGAUAUUAAAAUGUUGAGAUUUGCUUCCAUUAUGCUUAAGUUCAUCUUAUAUGAUGUGUUGUUUUCAACAGAUAGGUCAACUACAUCAACUGUUUUGUAAAUCAAUCAGCAGGUGUUUUGCCAGCUUUGUGGAUUUAUGUGUUGGACGUUGUGGGGAAUAUCAGAAGGAAGAAACAUACAAAUGAGAAGAGCUAUGAUUAGGAAAUGGAAAACUGGUAUUUCUGUAGUGCUAUUAAAAUGGUCAUGGUGAUGCCAUAUUUUCUUCUGUACAGCUGGCCAGAUUUCAACAUUUAUUGAGAAUUUACUAUGUAGUACCAGAAGAAGAGCUCUUUGAGUGCAGGGGUGUGUGUGUGUGUUUUAAAUUGCUAAAUCCAGUGCCUACAACAGUGUCUGGCACAUAACAGGCAUUCAAUAAAUAUUUGUUGAUUGACCGAAUGACUGCUGGACGCUGGCUAGACCCCGGAGAUGGGAUGUGUAAGAAAUGCCCCGUGACUUCAGGAAGCUCACAGCCUAGCGGAAGAUGCAAGCGUGGAAUCAAGUAACAGAGUGAUUCUCAGAGUGGGGGCCCUGGACCAGCAGCAUUCGCCUCACCUGGGGGUUUGUUAGAAGUGCAGGUUCCUAGGCCCACCCAGACCUAUUGAAUCAGAAACUCUGGGGGUGGGGCCCAGCGUUCCCUCAAGGUGAUUCUGACAAACUUCAAGGUUGAGAACCGCCCUGUGGAUGUAACUGUAGGAACAGUGGUGGCACAAAAGAGGACAAGCAUACACUCUGGUGAGUCGUGGAGAAAGGGUCUUAGAAGUGGAGGUCCUGAAGGGGCUACAGGGUGUUGCCAGGCAAACAGUGGGGGUGAGAUGAAUUUCUGAGAGAAAGUAAGGGAGAUAGAUGGUCACACUGGGAAGUAGGAAAGGGAAGUGACUGGGGACUCGCACAAAGAUUGCUGAGCCUGUACCAAGAGCUCCCUGGGGUAGCCCCCUGCCUAAAAUCUAGUAAUUCACAGUCAAGAGGGCUCAUCCCUUAGCCUGAGAAAUCAAAAUUUGCAAUUAAAAAUACAUCGUCCUUAAUUUCAAAGAUUGGGAGGAUAACAGUAAACUCAUAAUUUGGAAAAAAAAAAAAAAAA